AUGGCGACGACGCUGGUUCGAGACAGGAUACAGGAAAUGGUGGCAGCGGCAGUCCAGCGGGCGCGCCAGGAAGGUGCGAUCCAGUUGGAAUCGAUGCCCGAUAUUCUUGUCGAGCGGCCGGGGAAUCCGGAUCAUGGCGACUUUGCCACCAGCCUUCCCCUGCGCCUGGCCCGCGCUACCCGUAUCAAUCCAUUGAAGCUGGCGGAAACCCUGGGUGCAAUUCGUGCCCUCCGCUGA